AUGAUUAAUCAACAUCAAUUCAAAUACACUUACCUUUUCUUCUGGCUGUUUAUUAUCGAAGCUGACGCUGGUAUCAUCAAUGACGCUAUAAUUAUUAAAAAUGCCAACAUGACACCAAUUUUCUUUCGAUGGUCACAAGGAUUUGAAUUGAAUUAUAAACAAAUUCGUUGUGCUACAGAUCAAGCAUCAGAAGACCCGUCUGGUAUUUUUCUCGAGGCUUAUCCAGAAAUGAAAGAUGAUGUGUAUUUUCCACGCGCUCCUGAUGACAGUCAACGAUAUCGUUGUGACAGCAAUUCUUCUCUAUUCAUGUACAAUCAACAAACUCGUCGCGUACGUAUGGUCGGUAAUGGGCAUUGUCUCGUUGUCAGCCGAAUGUCAUAUCAUGACGGCUUUAGUGAAGAUUAUCCCGUCAAUCGAAUCUUAAAAUCAGUUGAUUGCAAACGAACAGCAACGAACGAGUCAACAAGUAGUCUUAUCUGGGGUGGCGAAUUUCGUUUAGUCCAUGACAGUAACAGCAAUAUCAAGAUGGUACUCCGUUUUAUUUCACCAACAGAUGGACAUGAAUGGACUAUCUAUAUUAAAACUAAUAUAUUAAUUGUGGCCGAAAAUAUUCAGCAACAAGUAGACCGUUUGAAAGAGCCUUGGUUAGAGAUCGUUAAUAAGUACAUGCCUGAUGGCUGA